AUGCUGGACGCACCUUCAGUUGUCGCUGAUGCUGGCUCUUCGGGACCACCAUUGCCAUUGCAGUCCUCAGCGCGAGCAGGGCCUUCUCCUCUGCUGGCCGGAAUGGCCAGACCGGACAUGCUAGCGCUGGCCUUGGACUUUGCGGUUUCCGGCAGCACUUUGUCACCCCAGAGUUUCGCAAGGCUGGCAUUGCCCCCGCCCGUGCUGAGCAGCGGCUUCUUAGGGUCGCUGUUGCCAUCGAGAACUUGCUCCAGGCCAGAAUUAUUCUCGUUACUGCCGGGCUGCUUCCAUGUGGGCUCGCCCUCGCCGGCAUCAGCUUGGUGCAGAGCAGGUGCCUUUCUGUUUCUGCAGUCUUUGGCGCAGCUGGGGCUAUUGCCAGCUGCCCUGGGAAUUUCGCACCCCGGAAGCGCGCUAGCAGCACUGGAGUUCGCAUCCUUGGACGUCACCUCGCUAAUACGCAGCUUCCUCCACAUCGCGCCCUUUUUGCUCGUCCUUGGCAUCGCUUCAUUGGGCAGUUUAUUGAUCGCCGCGGACUUUUCAACCACAGGCCCAUUCUCGCUCCCACGCAGUCAUUCCCAAUCAGAGCUGGCAUUAGCACCCUUUGGGGCAAGCAAGCUUGGCUUGCCACCAAUCGCUCCUGAUGUCUCAACGCCUGGCAGCAGCACGCCCUUGAGACACUUCUUGUGUCCCGGCUCGCUUUUGACCCCACUUGGUCCAGGCCGUUCGGGCUCAGCUGCAAUCGUGCCUGAUCUCCUCCGCCUUGACCUGGUCCUGCUCCUGCGCGGCUUCGCUCAGGUGGCUUUUUCUUUGCUCGCUUUGGGCCUGGCACGGCCAGAUUCCUUGAUGGCGGCGCUGGGUUCAGCACAGGUUGCAGCCUCCUUGCUGCUCCAACAGUUUGCUUGUGCAGACUUGCCCCUGUUUGCGCCGUCGAUUGCGCGAACAGAUGCCCCGACACUGAUUGCGGACAGUGGUCAUCCUGGCAUGUUCCUGUUCCUGCAUUGCCUCUCAAGGGCAGGCUCAUUCCUUUUCGCUCUGGGCAUUGGACGGUUGGGCUUCUUCCUUGCCGUGGCGGACUCCUCGCAGACAGACGUGCCUCCUUCAAUCAGGAAUUUGGGCAGAUCUGGCGUAGCCCUGCUUGCACUUCAAGCCUGCCGACCGGGCUCAGCACUGUCAAUCAUGGACUUAGCCUCCUUUGACGUCUUCUCGCUGGUCAGAUCGUUUGCAUGCUUUGGCUUCGGUCCGCCAACGACAGGCGAUGCAACAACUGGCGGCAACGUCAAUUUGGUCAGCUCCUUGACAAUUCGACAUGUUGGCCGACCUGACUUUCUGCUUUUUGCCUUGGGAUUGGCUAGCUUUGGCAGCUUUUCGCUUGCCCCAGAGCUCAUGCAGUUGGGCUUCUCCCUCGUCAUGCGCAGCCUUGCUCGCCUGGGGUUCAUGAUUUUGGCACUGCAUUCUGGCGGUUCCGGCUCAUCUUUGCCCUCGCGAAACUUUGCUCGCCCAGAUGCUGCCUUGCUUUUGUGUGGCAAAGCCCGGUUGGAUUCCAUCUUGGUGGCCAAUGGCAACCUAUAUCCAGGCUUUGCUCUUUAUUUCAACGGGCCGAACAACUACAUCUACUAUGACACUGUGGCAACGGAGUUGCGAAUCCAUGCGGGCGGUCUCAAGAGAAUGAGCAUCAGCAGUACUGGUGGAAGCCUUCAUGGAACCUGGUCGUCCGAAAGCAUCAUCAGUGCUUCAGAUGAGCGUCUCAAGCGCCGCAUUGAGCCACUGGAUCGCGCACUCGCUGCCAGAGCCCAGCCAGCAUCAAUUUCACCAGGACCUCCGAAUAGAGCAGAAGCUGUGAGCUGGCUGCUGCGGGAGCUUCGGCCAGUGUCUUACUACUUCCGAGAGGGGCCAGAGGCAAAGCUGGCAAGGUAUGGCUUCAUUGCACAAGAGCUGGAGAAAGUCAUGCCCGAGCUUGUUCGAGACCAUAAGGAGAAAAAGCACGUGGUGUACCAAGACCUGGUGGCUCUUCUUGCCUUGUCGUCGCAGGUCCAGCAGGAGCGCCUAGAAGAGUAUGAGGCUCGAGCCCGCAAACGGGCCGAAAAGCUCAGAGACCAGGGCUCCUUGCUGACAAAGUUGAGCCACGCAGUGGCAAACUUAGCCAGGAGGAUUACCCGCUGGGAGACUGUUGUGAGACCGCUGAAUGUCAAUAAGCAAAUGAAGAGGUCAAAGUGA